CAACGCGCACCAGUUAACUCUUCAGGCACUCUUCGAUCUCUGGAUGGAGAAAUUCCUUGAGGAUCAACCUGUUGUACGUGACGCCUUGGUAGCCAGCGUAAAGCAGCUGACUGAAGCAUGCCGGGAUAAGACAGGCGUUGCAGAAGCGCACUAGGCAUUCAAAAUGGAUAUAGAAUCCUUCAAUCUUGAGAAACAGCUACGAGAGUUUGACGCUAGUCGUAAGACAGACCCAAUGUUUCAAUGGGCUAGGAUGUACAUGCGGCAGGUGAUGACACUGUUACAGUUCCAGAGGGCUAUACGGGAAGGUAACUGGCACCUCUACUUGAUAUCACUUGAGCAUCUUUGUAAGUACUUCUUUGCAUAUGCCAGGCUAGAUUAUGCUCAAAACAUUCCAGAGUUCAUCGCACGCAUGGAUGCCAUAAAAACCUCUAAUCCAGAACUAUGGCAGAGCUUCACCAAUGGUGAGUUUGCAGUGAAUACCAGCAACCGUAUUCCAUUCACACGAAUUGGUGUUGAUCAGGCGAUGGAACACCUCAACAAAUCAACGAAAGGCCAAGGAAGGAUCUCUGGAAUAACAACAUCUCCAGCAACGCUCUUGAAGUUUUGUCUCACUGCUCCGGAGCUGGCACGACUUGCUGAUGAGUCAGAACGACUUGUAGCUACUACUAGCACAAUUGC